CAAGAUGUCACUGCCAAAGGGGCAAUGAUGUCCAUUGGGGAUAUUUGGGUGACGUUUAAAACAACAAAGAACUUAUUAAAUUAUGUUCAGGUGUUUAUGUGGCCAAUCUUUGACAGGUAAACGCGUUUAUAUAACGCGUCGGAUUCCUAUGGCCGGGAUAUAUGUGCUGUUAAAUAAGGGUAUAACUGUGAAAUCAUGGGCCUCGGACGAAAUAAUGCCCCCGGAAAAGUUACUGGAAGUGUUAAAGGACGGCUUCGAUGGAUUAUUGUGUACCAUCGCAGAAAACGUCAACACGGAGAUCCUAAAUGCAGCCGGAUCGCAACUGAAAGCCGUGUGUACCAUGUCAGUCGGCUAUGAACAUCUCAAUUUGGAAGAAAUCAAAAAGCGCAACAUCGUUGCUGCGAACUGCAGCACAGUUUCCAGUGAUUGUGUCUCAGAGUUCGCUCUGGGGCUGAUCUUAAUUAUGGCCAGACGGCUGAUUGAAGGUUACGAAGCCGUGAAGAAGAAGGAAUGGGGACCGUGGAAACCGAUGUGGCUCCUGGGAUUCGAACUGAUUGGUAAAACGAUUGGUAUUGUUGGACUGGGCCGAAUUGGUUUCGGCAUCGCCGAACGAGUAAACGCGUUCAAGAUCAGCAAGCUAUUAUACUUUGAUGUGAGACGCUGCUCUUACGACAAAGAUGUCAACGCGGAGUUUGUAACGUUCGAUAGAUUGUUGGCCGACUGCGACGUGAUCUGCAUUUCGUGCAACCUGACCAACGAAACGAAAGACAUGUUUAAUAAGGCAGCCUUCGCCAAGAUGAAACGGACAGCAUGUCUGAUCAACGUGGGUCGAGGUGGCGUCGUCAACCAAGACGACUUGAGUAAGGCACUCAACGACGACGUGAUCAAGUGUGCUGCUCUUGACGUUACGGAGCCGGAUCCGCUUCCGUCGGAUCACCCACUCCACAGCACCAAGAACUUAAUCAUCACGCCUCACAUAGCAAGUAGCACCUGGGAAGCUCGUAAUGCCAUGUCAGAGGUGGCUGCCAACAACAUGAUCGCUAUACUCUCUGGAAAAGAUCCAGCAGGAAAACUCUAGUUGAAAUAGGAUAUAUAUAUACAUAUAUAUAUAUAUAUAUA